AGGGCGCUGUCUAUGCACACUUCACAGGUGAGGUCAUCCCGCGGGCUGGGGGUGCCGGGCCCCUCGCCGGCCCACGCCCAGUCAGGUGCACCCCCCGCGAGAGUCCGGUGGCCUCAGGUCCCAGGCCCCUCCCCGCCGGACAUUUAAGGAGGGACGCCGGGCGCAGGCGCAAAGAGCGCAAGCCCCGCGCCACACGUCGCCAGUCCCAGGCAGCUCGUCGCGCGCGUGCCCCGCCACCCGCCUGGCGACAGCCCCGCUGCGCGCACACAUGGAGGGAAGCGCGAGUCCCCCGGACAAGCCCCGCGUCCGUCCCGCGGCUGCUGUGCUGUGCCGGGGCCCGGUAGAGCCGCUGGUCUUCCUGGCCAACUUUGCCUUGGUCUUGCAGGGCCCGCUCACCACGCAGUAUCUGUGGCACCGCUUCAGUGCCGACCUCGGCUACAAUGGCACCCGCCAAAGGGGGGGCUGCAGCAACCGCAGCGCGGACCCCACCAUGCAGGAAGUGGAGACCCUUACUUCCCACUGGACCCUCUACAUGAACGUGGGCGGCUUCCUGGUGGGGCUGUUCUCGUCCACCCUGCUGGGAGCUUGGAGCGACGGUGUGGGCCGCCGCCCGCUGCUAGUGCUGGCCUCGCUGGGCCUGCUGCUCCAGGCCCUAGUGUCCGUCUUUGUGGUGCAGCUACAGCUCCACGUCGGCUACUUCGUGUUGGGUCGCAUCCUUUGUGCCCUCCUUGGCGACUUCGGUGGCCUUCUGGCUGCUAGCUUUGCGUCCGUGGCAGAUGUCAGCUCCAGCCGCAGCCGCACCUUCCGGAUGGCCCUGCUGGAAGCCAGCAUCGGGGUGGCUGGGAUGCUGGCAAGCCUCCUCGGGGGCCACUGGCUCCGGGCCCAGGGUUAUGCCAACCCCUUCUGGCUGGCCUUAGCCUUGCUGAUAGCCAUGACACUCUAUGCAGCUUUCUGCUUUGGUGAGACCUUAAAGGAGCCAAAGUCCACCCGGCUCUUCACGUUCCGUCACCACCGAUCCAUUGUCCAGCUCUAUGUGGCUCCAGCCCCAGAGAAGUCCAGGAAGCAUUUAGCCCUGUACUCACUGGCCAUCUUCGUGGUGAUCACUGUGCACUUUGGGGCCCAGGACAUCUUGACCCUGUAUGAACUGAGCACACCCCUCUGCUGGGAUUCCAAACUAAUCGGCUAUGGUUCUGCAGCUCAGCAUCUCCCCUACCUCACCAGCCUGCUGGUCCUGAAGCUCCUGCAGCACUGCCUGGCCGACGCCUGGGUGGCUGAGAUCGGCCUGGCCUUCAACAUCCUGGGGAUGGUGGUCUUUGCCUUUGCCACCAUCACACCUCUCAUGUUCACAGGAUAUGGGUUGCUCUUCCUGUCAUUAGUCAUCACACCUGUCAUCCGGGCUAAACUCUCCAAGCUGGUGAGAGAGACAGAGCAGGGUGCUCUCUUUUCUGCUGUGGCCUGUGUGAAUAACCUGGCCAUGCUGACGGCCUCCGGCAUCUUCAACUCACUCUACCCAGCCACUCUGAACUUUAUGAAGGGGUUCCCCUUCCUCCUGGGAGCUGGCCUCCUGCUCAUCCCGGCCGUUCUGAUUGGGAUGCUGGAAAAGACUGUUCCUCACCCUGAGUUCCAGCAGUUUCCCCAGAGCCCCUGAUCUGCCUGGACCAGAAGACAGAGGGCAAGAGUAGCAAAGUGAACACCAAACAACUGAAGGUCUACAGCUGGGAGCCCAGCCCACAGCAGCACCAGCAGCUCCUUUCUAAGGGCAGUGCUCUCUUUGGACGAGGUGGUCAAGACAGACCAAGGUACCACCUCAUCCAUAGCUGAACCAGCCUCUGACUAGGAUCUAGAAUCAUAACCCACACAGGCCCACUGCAGGACAGGUGGCAGGGGAGCUAUUCGGGACAGGAGUCAGUUCUCCCUUUCUGCCAUCCAUCACUUACAACUCCCCAGACCAGAGGAGAGGUCCUGAUGGAGGUGACACUUCAGGGACCAGAGGCAGCACAAGGGCUGGCAUCUCUGCCUUCCAGUCCAAACUGCACAGCCCCAGCCAGGUUCCUGACACGUGUAGCAGUCACCAGCCACUCCUUAACAACAAAUGUGGUACCUGGUUAGUGCCAGCCUUGGGAAGGAGGGAGGGAGGUGAGAGGGGCUUGGUGAUCUCCAGAGGAAGAGUGCUGCCUUCACUGUGGUUGGGGAAUUGAUCCUUGGCUAUGGCCUGCCCACUCCCUGGGCUGAAGAGUGCCAAUCAUUAUAAAUCAGCUUCAGCAAACUGAAA